AUGGGAGAUGUUUGCGUUAUUGUGGGUAUGUAUUGGUUGAGCCGGUUUGGGGAUCUGAUCGACUAUGAGCGAAAAUUAGUGAUGGUUCGAUACCCUAGUGGGGGAGUGCUUACCAUUUACGAUAAUGGUACUAGGUCAGGAUCGACUUUUGGUUCUGCCGCUAGGGCGAGGCAAUGUUUACCACAUGGAUGCGUGGGUUAUCUGGCAUAUAUGGUGGAUACUCGGAUAGAUGAGAAGAGAUCGAUUUCCAUCGUUGAUGUUCAUAUGGUUCCUGAUUUCCCUGAUAUGUCUGGCUCAAACAACGCUUCCGGCUCAAACUCCAACUCCUCAAGCUCUUUUUCUCUUUUGAACAUUUGUAGGAGCGUCACUUUUGAUGGGUGCAAUUUCAAUGAUUGGAUCUGCAACAUUCGCAUGGACCUUCGAUACGAGGAGAAAGACUACAUACUCGAUAAAGAGCUCAAAGAGAUAAAGGAAACCAAAGCUAAUGCUGAAGAAAUAGCUAAGUAUAUGUCUCACGAAAAAGAUGCGACAAAGGUGUCGUUACCAUCAAAGCGCGCAUCAGGAAAGGUACGAGAUUGUCGCCUUGUUGAUAACAACCAAGAUGAAAGAUGGAGAGUCCAUCACGAGCCAUUUGCAAAGGAUGCAAAGCCAUUGCCACCUGGUUUUAUCAGCGUGCUCUUGGAGAACAACAUCCCUGAAAACGUAAUGCUCCGAUCUGUAUAUGAAGGCUAUUCCUGGAGAUUAAAGAUCAAAAAAUAUGGUGAUAUUUACUGGUUUUCCGAAGGAUGGAAGCAGGUCGUUGAAGAUACCCAGUUGGGUAUCGGGGAUAUUCUUGUCUUCAUAUUCGUUCAUCACUCCACCUUCGAACUUUCAAUUUACAGUCCAGAUAGGUGUGAAAAAGAACUCCGCACAAAAAUACAGGUCGAACAUGAUGUUGUUGAUGAAGAAGAAGAAGGAGAAGAUGAUGACUGUGUUGAUAACGGUGGUCGUCGUCAUGAUGGUGGUGACGAAGAUGACAGUGGUGGUGGUGAUAUUGAAGAGAAUCCGUUCUUUAUGAAGAUUAUAUCUAAAGCCCACAAGUAUUAUUUGCGGCUUCCAGCAGAGUUUGUGGGAUUGGCCGGAAUGAAUGAAGAAAGAACGAUAAGAAUGAAGAAUGUUGAUGGCAAGGAGUGGAAGAUGAGGUUAAAGUUGGAGAGAAGUCGGAAAGCUAAAAGGUAUUAUUUGUCGUCAGGGUGGCCUGAUUUCCGGCGAGAUAAUGAAUUAUAUGAAGGAGACAAAUGCGUAUUUAAAUUAAUCAAAAGUGAAGAUAUGUUAUAUCUAGCCAAAGUGAUCAAGAAAAAGGGUAAAGUUCCGGUGACUGAAGCUAUCAGGAGGCCUAGAGGGCGGCCACGGCGGGUGGAGAAAAUGGUGGCAGACAAAGGUCCGGCAACUGAAGUGCCGAAGAGGAAGAGAGGCCGGCCACCGCGUGUGAAGGCGGAAAUAGAAAGUAAAGACGACAGUACCAAGGGGGUGAAGAGAUCAAGAGGAAGGCCAUUUAAGAGGAAGUGAGGGCGGCUACUCUUAAAUAUAUAUUUAGUCGAGUAACUUAAGUUUAAUG